GGGCUCUCAUCAGUUGGCUACGAGAGCUGCCGCCGAGUGCUUGGGCUAGAGCGCGAUACGGAAAACGAAAUCGAAACCAAAACCGAAACCGAAAAUUCAAAUUGAAAUCUUCAUUCACUUCCCCCCCACACACACACACACACCCCCCUCCCCCAAGCACCCCCCCACCACACCACUUCUCUCUCCCACACACCGCGCUGCGUUCGGUACGUGUAAAUUUUUUUUAAUUAGCUGAAUUUUCAAGUGAAUCUCUGACAAAACAAAAGAGAAAAUUAUACACAAGUAAUACAACAACAAAAUCCACACCAAAUGGAAGCAGCAUAAAAUGUCAGAGAAGAGAUGUCUGUGAAGGUGAAGUGAAUAAAUUCCAAGACAAAAUACAAAACACUUGGCAGAUCAAACCGAAAAUCUGCUUAGAUUUCGUCAAAGAUAUUCGUGGAGAAAUCACCGAGCUGAUACCCGGACCCGUAUCUCUGUGUGUUUUCUACGGAGCACCAGUACCCGGAUUGACAUCACGCCCUGCCAGCGGCCGAAGACUCGACGACUCGAAUGCAAAUGCAAAUCGACGACGAAUGAAUCGACAAUGACAAAGAGUAUUAAAUGUCUGCGCACUUCUAGUUGUAAUCGAAUUCUCCUUGCCUAUGUGAUAUUAGCUUGUACUGCAGCAGCCCACAGCUCGCCACCGCCAUGCGGUUUGUAUGGAGCGCCGCCUUGCCAAUUUCUACCGGCACCGCCCGGACAGACGCCCUCCUGUGCCCGGCCCGGGAAGACGUACUGCGAGCAUGCAGAUAAUUAUCCCACCUAUCUCAUCAAGAGUCUCGUCCGCAAAUGGGGCUACGAGGCCGGCACUCUGCUGGUGGACGAGACCUGGGAGGAUUUCGCUGCCGUGGCGUGGCACGAGACGCCCGUCUUUUACGAUCCCAAGUCCAUCUUUCCGUCGCGCGAUCCCAAUGGCCAGGACUUCAAUGGCUACAGCUAUCAGACGCCCUUCGGUGGCAGCAGCUCGCAAAGGGUCAACGGUGGCAAUUCCCUCUUCGCCAGCAGUCCCUCGACGGAGGCGCCCACAUAUCUGCUGUACACCUCUUCAGGUGGCGGCCAUCGUGCCGGACAGCGCUACAAUCAUCAUCAGGGCGCGGCAGGAGGAUCUGCGGGUCAGCUGUUCUUCAAUCAGGCAGGCAAGACCACGCCAUACAAUGCCACACUCUGGCUGAAGCGCUUGGUGAGGGAUCUGAGCCGCAAGCAGAAAGAAGAAGUCCCUCCUGAGGAGGAGAAGCAGCCGGAGAAGGAAGAGGAACUGCUGGAGAAGGAGGAGGAGCAGCAGCCGAAGGAGGGGGAGGAGCAGCAGCAGCAGGAGGAGGAGGAGCACCAGCAAAUCAAGCGCGAUGUCUCCCUCAACAUGGAUCUCUUAGAUAUUGUGGGUGUGGCCGGUAAUCCCUCAAAGAAACGCACUCGCACCAAGCGUCAAAGUCCCGGCCGCUCCACCCUCUGCCAGACCACCUCCCAGUUCAUAACCCCCCAGGCGGCCCUCAAUAGCCGCGGCAAUUGGAUGUUCGUGGUCAACGAGCAGAACACCGCCCGCCAGAUGGUCAAAGCGGAGCUGUGCGCCUCGAACACCUGCUCGAACCUGUGCGAGCUGCCCAACGGCUACAACUCGAGAUGCGAGCAGAAGUUUGUGCAAAAACGUUUAAUUGCGCUCCAGGGCAACGGACAGAAUCUGUACACGGACACGUUCUGGUUUCCCAGUUGCUGUGUCUGCACGAUAGCUGCCAAUUAAACCAGAACGAGGACCAGUACGAGGACCAGUACGAGGACCAGGACGAGGAAGAGGACCAGGACAGAGUCGGGUGGCUGGACAGGAGGCAGAGCAAUCCCGUGACGCACAUCGUUCCACCGUCACUUUUUGCGUGGAAAUACGAUUUGAGAAUAAUUAUUGCAAAAUUCAUAAUUGAUAUCUAAAUGUUAUACACACUCUCAUAGAUACACUCACACACGCACACACUCACACACAUACACACACACAAACACAAACGAAUAGUAGUAGCUUUUAGAAAUUAUAAUUUAAAAUGGAAAAACCUCGAGAGAGAGAAAGAGAGUUGGGCUCGAUUUGAAUUAUUCCAUUCGAAUAAGUCUUACCCUGUGACGACCCAUCAUCUAUCGGAUAUUAAAUAUAAUAAUGCUUCCAGACGA